AUGGAAAACGGUGACGUGAGAGAAGUUGAAAAAUAUUUGGAAAAAAAUGUGAAAAAAAAAGAAUCGAAAAAAUUAAAAAAAUACGUUUGUAAGAAAAAGAAAAACGUCGUAUUGGCGUGCGCGUCCGUCAUAAAAUUCGUUAAAAAAAUUCCGGAACGAGAUUGGAUGAGUAUGCCGCAAGGGCCUCCCAAUUGUCCUCCUGGUCUAGAGUACUUGAUGUCUCUGUCCAACCUAUUUGUUAAACAAAAAGUGGAAUUUUUAGAAGCCAUAACAGGUUACGAAACGAAUAAUAAAUUUACGAUAAAAAACGAGAGAGGAGAGAAAUUUUAUUGGGCGGUUGAAGAGUCGGAUUUGUGUUCGAGACAGUGUUUGGGUCAGGUACGACCCUUCGAAAUGAGAAUAAUGGAUUCUUAUCAAAAUGAAGUCAUACAUUUGAACAGGCCGUUGAAUUGCGGCGUCUGCUGUUUUCCAUGUUGCCUUCAGAAAAUGGAAGUUUGUGCACCGCCUGGUAACCUCAUAGGAACUGUUGAACAAGAAUGGUCGUUCCUCACCCCGAAAUUUAAGAUAAAAGAUUGGAACGGGGAGACGGUUUUGAGAAUCGAGGGGCCCUGUUGUAACAUUGCACUAUGCGGACAAUCCGAAUUUCAAAUUUUAUCGAGGGAUGGUCAAGUUCAAGUUGGUAAAAUAAGUAAGGAAUGGUCGGGAUUCGCGAGAGAAUUAUUCACGGAUGCGGAUUAUUUCGGCAUAUCUUUCCCAUUGGAUUUGGAUGUUAAAAUGAAAGCCGUCAUGUUGGGAGCACUGUUUCUAAUUGACGCCAUGUAUUUCGAAAACAACAAAGGUUUAAAUUAA